CCCACGCUCCCCCACUCCUCGUCACCAUGGUCGCCUCCCGCAUCGCUCCCCGUCUCGCACAGGCCACCCGCGGCUACGCCACGGCCACCUCGGUGCGCCCGCCGCUCACUCUCAACGGCCUGCCCGGCAAGUACGCCUCCUCUGCCUUUGUUGCCGCUGCCAACAAGGACAGCAAGACGCUCGAGGCCGUCGAGAAGGACCUGCGCGCCGUGCAGGCCGCUCUUGCUGGCCCCGACGCCGCGAAGCUGCGCGACUUCAUUGGCAACCCGACCCUGCCGAGCAAGGAGAAGGUCGCUGGCCUGGACAAGCUGCUGGGCGGCAAGGAGAACACCAUCACGCGCAAUCUCUUUGAGGUCCUCUCGGCCAACGGCCGCAUGCAGGACACGAGCAAGGUCAUCGAGGGCUUCAUGGAGCUCAUGAGCGCCCACCGCGGCGAGGUUGUCAUCACCGUCACCAGCGCUGCCCCGCUCGACAAGGCGCAUGCCGAGCGCAUCGAGAAGGCCCUCAAGGGCUCAGCUGCCGCUGCCAAGGGCAAGUCGCUCAAGGUCAACUACAAGGUCUCGGCCGCCAUCCAGGGCGGCCUGCAGGUGGACUUCGGCGACCGCUCCGUCGACCUGAGCGUGCAGAGCCGUGUGCAGAAGCUCAACGCGCUCCUGGCGCAGGGCAUCUAA